AUGUCUCUUUUAGAAUGUCUUCUCCAGACAUCGAGCACAGUGACACUGCUGGGGGCUCUGCUGUUUCUGCUGGCCCUUUACCGCCUCUCCUCUGGUUCCAACUCUGAGGAACAGGGGAAGCAGCCUCCAGGACCCAGGCCUCUGCCCCUGCUAGGUAACAUGCUCCAGCUGGAUCUCAAGAGGCCCUAUCGCAGCCUCUGUGAGCUAUCCAAGAAAUAUGGGUCUGUUUUCACGGUUCAUUUUGGACCCACAAAAGUGGUCAUCCUGGCAGGAUACAAGACGGUCAAGCAGGCGCUGGUCAACCAUGCAGAGGAGUUUGGGGACAGGGGCAUGCUUCCUGUGUUGUAUGAUUUCACCAAUGGACAUGGUAUUCUGUUUGGCAAUGGAGACUCAUGGAAAGAGAUGAGGCGCUUUGCCCUGACAAACCUUAGAGACUUUGGGAUGGGCAAGAAAGGGAGUGAGGAGAAAAUCUCAGAGGAAAUUCACUACCUGAUUGAAGUGUUGGAAAAACAUGAGGGUAAAGCCUUUGACACAACCCAGCCAUUGAGUUAUGCUGUCGCCAACGUAAUCUCCAACAUUGUGUACGGCAGCAGGUUUGAAUACUCUGACUCCAAGUUCCGAGCCACAGUGGAUCGAGCCAAUGAGAACCUACGAAUUGCAGGCUCCGUUUCAGUUCAGUUGUACAAUAUGUUCCCCUGGCUGGGCCCUUGGCUGAAAAGCAGGAAGCUUUUGUUGAACAAUAUUGAGAACAACAAGAAGGAGAUGAAGGAGCUGGUGCGGGGGCUGAAGGAGACUCUCAACCCUCAGAUGUGUAGAGGCUUUGUGGACUCGUUCCUCGUCCGAAAGCAAACCCUGGAGGAAUGUGGCAACAAGAACUCUCACUACCAUGACAACAACCUGAUAUCCUCUGUGAGAAACAUGUUUUCUAAUGGUACUAACACCACAGGGACAACUCUACGCUGGGCUUUGAUGCUAAUGGCCAAGUACCCUCUUAUACAGGACCGGGUCCUGGAGGAGAUCAGCAGCGUCAUAGGAAGUCGUCAGCCCUUAGCAGAGGACAGGAAGAACCUGCCCUACACUGAUGCAGUGAUCCAUGAGACCCAGAGACUGGCCAACAUUUUACCCAUUGCCAUCCCCCACACCACCAGCCGAGACAUCACCUUCCAGGGAUAUUUCAUCAAGAAGGGGACGCUUGUGUUUCCUCUACUGACGUCUGUCCUACAAGACGGAAGCGAAUGGGAGAGCCCACACACCUUUAACCCCGCCCACUUUCUGGAUGAGGAAGGUCGAUUCACCAAGAGGGAUGCCUUCAUGCCCUUCUCUGCAGGUCGUAGGGUGUGUCUGGGGGAGGGUCUGGCCAGGAUGGCGCUCUUCCUCUUCUUCACCUCCCUCCUGCAGCGCUUUCGUUUCUCUCCUCCUCCUGGAGUAACAGAGGAUGAUCUGGACCUUACACCAUCCGUGGGGUUCACCCUCAAUCCUUCACAUCACCAGCUCUGUGCUGUGAGCCGGGUCUGAGAUGAGUCUGGGCCUAAUGUAUAUUAUACAUGACUUAGAACAAAUGCUCCACUUUAGACAAACAUGCUGAAAUGGGUUACCUCACCGGCUGUGCUGUGAACCAGGUCUGAGAUGAGACGAGUCCCUCAAUGGUUUUGAUUUAAUUUGAUUGCUCUACAAUCCAACAAUGUAAUUGAUUGAUACAAAGCACUGCUAUUAUGUAUGUACAGAAUGCAAUUGUUUUUGCUUGCUGUCCUGCCUUGUCUGGGACUGGACAGCUGUUGCUAAGUAAAGUCAAUCAUUUUUAUAGCUAAUGUUAUCAGCAGUUGAUAUCUAUACCUACCCUUCUGGGCAUGUUUUUAUGUGACUAGCAAACAUACUUAGCCAGAUCUGCUAGCUAGAACAAUGACUAACCAUAAGCUAGCUAGCUCCAGCAGGAGUGGAAGUUUGGCUGCCUACUUUCACUCCAUGAGCUGUUCUAGUUAUGGAAGGAGACUUGAAACAAAGAAAGACUGCAUUGACACAGGAAACCCAAUUUUGAUCUUUUUCCACUGUUUAGUCUUUUGACUUACCAUAUCAGCACUUUGCCUACAAUUGGACAAAAGACCAGAAUUGGGCUGCCUGUGUAAAAGCAGCCAAAAGGUCUCACUUAAUAAAGUGAAGUUGUUUACAAACUGUUCGCUCGCUGGUGGCUAGUUUAAGCUACUCCUUGUCCAUUGAUAUUAGCUAGUGGUUAGCUCUAGCCACAUUAGCUACUGUACUAAUGACUAUUUACAUAUAUACAUACCUAUACAUAUUAUACCUUACCUUAUAUAUAUAUAUAUAUAUAUAUAUAUAUAUAUAUAUAUAUAUAUAUAUAUAUAUAUCUUUAAGCUUUCUUGUCCUAUUCAAACGGGCCAACCAAAGGUACAUAACACUAACAGUGUCUGUUAUUGAUAAUAGGUAGAUUGACUCUGCUAAGCUUGAUUACACCCCAAAGAUAAAUAAGCUAAGACGUAGGCUUCUGAUUAGCCUUUGACUAUUUGAUUAGUAGCGUGUCAGAGGGCUCCAUAUGUAUUGCUAAUCAAUAAUACAGUUGAUGAGUGUGCUUGACAUCGGCACCAGUUCGUCAAAUUCUGGUCCAUUUAGUCAACUUGGAGUCGGGGUUUGGAAUAGAAUAUAAUUUGAAUUACUGUCUGUGCUCAGUGGGAACCAAUCACUGUGCAGCAAUGAAAAAUGUUCAACUUGUAGAUUUCACCAAAACUUUUUAAUAAAGUCUUAAAGUGGAACUGACAGUAUUUUAGCAGCAUGAAAUAGUAUUAACAUCUGUUCAUAUACACCCCCAGGAAGAAUAUGACAUCUUUUCGUUUAUAUCUUCAGACAAGUGAGCACUUAGAUAUGGUCAUUUUCAUCAUAAAUUCAUAAAAUGUUUGGGAAUGACGUAUAGUAAGGCAUUUGUGUAAAUUCUAUAGCAAUAUAAAGCGGCCGUGCAUUUGCACAAUGACUAGACACUGCGUAAACAGAGCAAAUUAAAUGUAACCAUACUUUAAAAGUAAUAUAUUUAAGUAAUAAGGCACGGGGGAGUUUGGUAUAUGACCAAUAUACCAUGGCUAAGUGCUGUUCUUAGGCACGACGCAUCGCGGAGUGCAUGGACACAGUCCUUAACCGUGGUAUAUUGGCCAUAUACCACAAAUCCCCAAGGUG